AUGACCAACACCGCAAUCCAGCCAUCCUGCUCAGAAGAACAGACUCCCGACAUCUGGCCACCCAUCCGAUUGGCACGUCUCUACCCACCUCCCCGCCAGACGACUGUUGUGCCAGAUGAUACCACCACCACCCAGUCCGACUUUCCCAGCCGCAGGUCCACUACCGAGCUCACCCUUCCCGCACUCGAAGCCGACGGCCUAGCCGAUCUCAGCGAUGAUGACAAGUGCUGUCCGGAAGUCCCCCUAGAACUUCCGAGAGCCACACAGGCGCGUCAAGAACUAGAACGUAUACAAAAAUUAACCCUGCUCAAGCGUCGCCUGGCCCCCCCUGAAUCAGACCAAUCAAGCAAGAGGAGGAAAAUCAGCCCUCAACCGCCGACCAACUCAUCCACCCCUCCUCCAUCCCACUCAGACAAGCCACCCGAAGGAACCCCGCCGAGCAAGAAGAGCACACCCACCCCUCAACCACCUGCGAAUCCACCCACAUCCCACUCUGAUCAGCCAGCAGAAGAAAUAACAACCAGCAAGACGAGGAAACUCACCACUCCGCCGACUACCAUUUCACCCAGCCCUCCAUCCCACUACGACAAGCCACCCGAAGAAAUCCCGUCGAGCAAGAAGAGCACACUCACCCCUCAACCGCCUGCCGAGCCACCCACACCCCACUCUGAUCAGCCAGUAGAAGAAAGAACAACCACCAAGACGAGGAAGCUCACCACUCCGCCGACUACCAUUUCACCCAGCCCUCCAUCCCACUACGACAAGCCACCCGAAGAAAUCCCGUCGAGCAAGAAGAGCACACUCACCCCUCAACCGCCUGCCGAGCCACCCACAUCCCACUCUGAUCAGCCAGUAGAAGAAAGAACAACCACCAAGACGAGGAAGCUCACCACUCCGCCGACUACCAUUUCACCCAGCCCUCCAUCCCACUACGACAAGCCACUCGAAGAAACCCCAAAUGUGAAACUACCAAAACAAACCCCAAAUCAGAAACUAUCAGAACAAACCCCAAAUCGGCCCAAACAGCAGGAACGUAGAUUCAAGAUCACAGUACCCUCCAAGCCCACUACAAAACUACCUUACCUCAGGCGGAAUUGGCUCACAACCAAUCAUCAUCGACAAACUCAACAGCUCUCCAAACUUUGUCCAUAUCGGAUCAAAAUCAUCCUCAAGACUCAUAAAAUUUGCUCCCAUGUCAACUCAUCGGAUAUCAAUCUGCUCGAGACUGAACUUUCAAGCAUUCAAGUCAGGUUUCAGCUUUUCUUCCUGCCUCGGACCUCACACGAUCAAGUCGAACGCUAUCUCCACCGUCAACUCAGAUUCUGGACUCCUACCAAUCAACAUCUACGAGAGAUAUUUGUGACCGCAUGCGCUUUUCCACAUCCUUCAAAGAUUAGCUUGACUGAACACAGCUGUCCACUCGUGAUCACUGUUUAUCAUCGACCAUGUCUCCGGCUACGGGCGAUAGCCUUAAUCGACCUCAGCCAGUCACCAGGAUCUCUCAAAAAACCCCACCAAGACCGCGAAAAGUUUAACCCGACUUCCGAGCCUAUCCAACGCACCGCACUUCAGAGACAAAGAUUGAACUCCCUCUUUGGCCAGGUUAUCAAGAGGGAUCCAGCUCUCGCCAAAGUCGAGGAAACUAUCAAGUCCACCGCUCGAAGCAAACAACGCAAGGUCAAGGUCCCUCCUCGGAUCGGCGCCCUCCAUUUUAAUACAAUGGAACCUUAUCGUGAAGGGGAGCAGGUCUACGAUUCUGAGGAUGAUAUUCCUGAUGACCAGCAUCACUGGAGGAAGUUUCGAUCGGAUCAGGCAUGCGAGAGGGCAACCCAGCUGUCGAUCGUCAAGGAAUUCAACCGGAGCGAAGCCAACGAUGGCCACAAGGGAAUUCGGACCCGGGCGAUGAACGACGAGAUCCGACGGCUCUGGAACCUGCACGUCCGCUCGAUCUCCAUCCAUCCCUCAGCCUCGGGCGGCCUACAUCUCAGCACCACCGACUACGAGCGCUUCAUCGAACUCUAUGUCCUCUGCUUCGGCCACACUGAAUCUGCCCGCGCCGGCUUGGUCAGGCUCUUGACCAACCUAGAGGUGAAUGACAAGCCUCACCUGCGCUACCCCCGCUGGCAUACCUCUCACAAGCUCACCGCCUUUUGCGGACUCAUGUCCCAUUACGAUAACCUAGAUCUAUCCUGA